CUUCAGGUGAGGCUCAGGCCUGGUGCCGAACCCUACUUACACCCCAACCCUGCGCUCUUUUUCUCUCCCUCUCUUCUUUUUCCCUCCCCUCUUUACCAAACCACAUCAACACCAUCCCCAGCCAAAUUCGAUAUCCCUGCCUAGAUCUCGCAUAUAUACAUUAUUCUACAUAUCGCUCGAGGAUUCCAAUUUGCUCAUGGCCCCCGCUACUUUCUAGAUUGCUCGAGAGGCUCUCGGGAAACAGAGGGCCUCUCGAUCACUUCUCAGGUAGCCGCAAGCAAAUCCUCGUGCCGAUAUCUACUCUUUCGAGCCCCCUUCCGCGUAGGAGCUCUUUUAUCUAUCCAUUGGGACUCGAAAUUGCUUAACAUCAAUCAAUUCAAGGCAACUUGUAGUCGUCUACGACCAAGGUGCUGCGACCGUCCCUCACUUGUCCCUCCAGUCCCAUCGCCUCUACCUCCAGAUUCUCUCCACCACUGAUCUUCUUUAUUCUCUCACAAAAGCACAAAAUAUACCACCUCAAGCAACAAUGUCUCGAAACCAACCUCGAUCUGGCCGGGGCAGACCACCGACUUUUGGUUCUGCGCCCAAGUUGACAAAACCUAAGGACAACCCCACACCCACACAUCGUAACAAGGGAAAGCCGAUUUCCAAGUCGGCUGCACCCAAAAUCACCCCAAAUAAGAGAAAGCGAGCCCCAAGUACGUCUUCCUCGGACGAUUUGACCUCGCUAGAGAGCUCCGACUCUGCAGAUGAUGCCUCUGACGAAGAGGAGGACGACGAAAGCGCCGAUGACCUCGAUGAUGAAGACGAACUCCCAGCUGUCAUUGCCCCGUCUCGCUCAAAGACAAAGACACAGACUGAGACGGGGCGUCAAUCCAACCGGCUGACUCGUGACAACCUCUCCGUUGCCGACAGUGCCGACAGUAUGUUUGGGGAUUUUAAUAACUACUUUGAUGAGGACGAUGACCCAAGACUCUCACCCGAGGAGAACCGAAAACGCUUUGAGCAGCAGGUCUUUGCUGACUCUGAUGAUGGUGAGAUUUACCAAGCUGUCGACGACAUUAGUGACUCGGAAGACGACUAUUCGGAUGAGCACGUCCAGGAACAAGAACUUUUGGCUCUUCUAUCGGAAGAGGACUACAGUGAGGCCGAUGAUCUCUUGAACCAUAUUGACGGACUUUCCGCAUAUGGCUUUGGGGACGACAGUGAUGCUAGCAUUCACGGGCCUCCAUCUUCGCAAAACAGUGACACUGAGAUCGGGCCAGAGCGGCGAGUUCACUUUGCCAUCGAUGCUGAGCGUAUUGCUCCAUUCAUCAUGCGCAUGUCAUCAUCUCCCACCAUCACUCGUGCUCUCCUUCCAUCUGCACUACCAGACCAAGGCAACUACCCACAUGCGAACAAAAAAUACAUGGCAGAUGAGUUGGACGAUUCUGAUCUGACUGACGACUGUCUCCCUGAGCAAGCGCACACCACUCCGAUUGGCGAAGCCCGUCAGACCAAGGACGCCUCACCCUCGGCGUCUCCCCCCAAUAAGAAGUCGUCCAAAAAGUCACCACGAAGACGUGGCCCCCCUCGAGGCAUCUUCAUCGACGACGGUGAGAAGCCAUCUGGCAUUCUUGACCCAUCUGGCAAGAUCAUUCUCAUGACCAAUCCUCAUUUGCUGGGUGAAGAAUUUGCCCGCCGCUACGGAGCUUCUCAGACCUCUAGCCCUGAUAUGGGCUUUGCUGAACUCAUGGACGACAGUGAUGCAGGCGACAAUCAGACGGGUUUGUUCAACACUCCUACUGCUGACAUUAUGUUGGCUAGUCUCAACUCGGCUCGAAACAACCACUCGAACCAGGGACAAGCCAUUGGGCCUCUCGAGGCUUUUUACCCUUCGAACAUCCUACAGUUUGGAGAUUAUGCCAUCGAUCCUGAUGACCUAGAAGGAGACUACCAACCAGACGAAGACUUGGGCGAAGAUGUCAUCAACCUCGAAGACGUCAUCCAGUUUGAUGAGGACACGGAUGAUAGUGACGUCCCAACAUCGCCCAUUCUCAACUCUACUGGCCGGCAGUUCAAUAGCUUGGGUAGUCAUGGAUUAUCGCAUCUCAACAACAGCAAUGUCACUGCCUUUCGACGCAAUGCCGAUCCAGCCUUUGCGGCAUUCAGCAAUACGCCUUCGUAUCAAGACUUGGAUUUGUUCACGUCCCCGUACGCCACUCCUGCUCCUCGUCGCAAGCGGAAACCCAUGUCCUCUCCUUACACUUCAUCUCAUUACAAAGGGGUGACUCCUGUCCAGCGCAUGCGGGACCCGGGCAAACGUCCGUCGACACCUGAUACUAGUACUCCGGCCAAGAGACGCAAGCUCAUGACCUGACGAGUUACGAUGACACGAAGAUAUGCCCAGACAUAUCGAUUAUUUCUCUCCAUCAAGGAGAAGCUGUUUAUGUAUGCAAUAUGGCCUUGUUCAUGGGGUGUUGGUGUUGGUGGGGCAUGGAUCGCAUUGGGUACAUUUAACGGUUGCCAAAUUCUUUCCAUCAGAUUUGUUCGAGUUGCAUAGGCUCACUGCACUUGAAUGUGACGACACCAAGAGCAAGCAUGAAACGGCCCAAGACAAAAAAGACUUGAAUUUCAAAAAAAGAACUUUUCACAAGGGAGGGCAUCCUCUAAUCAAAUAAGGCUAUUCGCAACACUCGCUAUCUGUUACUGUUUGAGUUGGGAGGGGACGGAGAAAUGGGUUCGUGCUGUUACUUCAUGUGUUUUCCUAUAGUCCAGACCAGGCGACACAGGCUUGAUAGACCUAGAUGACUUGGUAUGAGAUGGAUGGAAAUGAUUAUUUGUUUGAAUCAACUAUAAGA